AUGGUAAGCAGUGACAGCUUCAAUCCUGACUUUAACACCCACGCUGGACUGAACGAUGAUGCCGCACCCGUCUCGCCCAUCGACGACACGGCCGCACCUGCAUCGCCCGAGCAGCGCGCGCCGCCUCAGGACACGCAGACACAGCAGCGCGUGCACGAGGUUCUGCACUCGGACAUUGGCGUGACAACACUGCUGAACCGGCUGAAGGCCAGCAUUGCGAGUGCCCGAGACUUCGCCAGCUUCCUCAGACGCCGCGGUGCCCUGGAGGAGGAACAUGCUGGCAGUCUGAAGAAGCUGAGCCGGCUUACACUGGACGGUCUGCGCAAAGCAGAUGCGCGCCACGAGUCGUAUGCAACCCAAUUCGAACAUGUACUACAUGCGAACGAGCGCAUCGCCGACAAUGGAACCCAAUUCGGUCUCGCGCUGCACGCCAUGCACGAGAACCUCCUGCAGCUGGCGAACAAGAUGGACGGGAAUCGCAAGACCUUGAAACAGACCGGUCUGGCGGCGGAGAGCAAGGUGCAGGACGCGGAGAAGCUCGCAGAGAAGGCCAAGGCGAAGUACGAUCAGCUGGCUGAGGACCUUGAUCGUGUCAAGACAGGCGAUACGGGUGCCGGCAGGAAAUUUGGUCUGAAGGGCCCCAAAUCAGCUGCCCAGCACGAGGAGGACCUUCAGCGCAAAUUGCAAGCUGCAGACCAGGACUACGCAAGCAAGGUCCAAACGGCACAGGCUUACCGCAAGGAGCUUUUGGUUUCAGCGCGUCCACAAGCUGUCUCUGGCCUCUUAGAUCUCAUCAAAGAGACGGACGCGGCACUGACUAUGGAGAUGCAGAAGUACGCAUCUUUCAACGAAAAGCUGGUCGUCAACAAUGGCCAGGUAGUUAGCCCACAACCGCUCAAGGGUGGCACUAUGCAGCCUCCACCAAGUGUCAAUCAACUCAUUUACCAGAUCAACAACGACAGAGACUUCGACGACUACAUUCUGAAGAAUGCUUCCAAGGUCUCUGCAGUCAAGCCCGAGCUGCAUUACGUCAAGCACCCUACUCAGGCUCCCGCACAAUCUUACCCUUCCUUAACCCCAGCCGGCAACCAAGACCGUCGUACCUCGAUGCCUCCGCAGAUUCAACCACCAGUGUCUUUCUCCACCCAGCAACCAGAGGCAAAUGGCUCGUCAUUUCAACAGCAGCCUCCUCCUCAACAGCUGGACUCAGAAUCCCAAGCUGGGUUCUCUUCGUACCAGGCACCAUCCCAGCCAACACAGGCUCAGGCAUCAGGGUAUGGGAAAUCUCCAUACUCUCCAGUCGCAGCCAACUCCUUCUCGCAGGCUGAGUACCCUCGUGGGCCUGUUGGUCAGGCAACAGCACAACAAACAAGUGGGAUACUGUACAAUAAUCCACAGCCGCCGGUCAAUCCAGUAUUUGGUAUCACCCUUGAAGACCUCUUCCACCGAGAUGGCUCACCAGUGCCCAUGGUUGUCUACCAAUGCAUCCAAGCAGUGGAUCUGUUCGGGCUGGAGGUUGAGGGGAUCUACCGCAUCCCAGGGACUUCGUCUCAUAUUCAACAGAUGAAGGCCUUGUUCGAUAGUGACGCGUCUCAGGUUGAUUUUCGCAAUCCCGAAGCAUUCCAACAUGACGUCAAUAGCGUUGCUGGUCUUUUGAAGCAAUUCUUCAGGGAGCUUCCUGAUCCACUUCUCACCAGAGACUUCUACAACAAGUUCAUUGAUGCAGCUCGAGUUGAUGACGACACAAUGCGUCGAGAUUCAAUGCACGCACUGAUCAACGCACUUCCUGAUCCUAACUAUGCAACCCUUCGCGCACUUGCUCUGCACUUGCACCGAGUGCAACAAUCUUCUGAGGUCAAUCGCAUGAGCACAGCUAACUUGGGAAUCUGCUGGGCUCCGUCCAUUAUGGGUCCUCAUAAAGGCAACAACAUGGCAGACGCCGGGCUUCAGGCUCGCGUGAUAAUAACUAUCUUAGACCAUGUGUUGCAAAUCUUCGACGAAGAUUAG